AUGGAGUUCGCGCUCGCCGUCUCUUUGCUGGUUAUACUGGCGCUCCGGACCGUACCGGCCGCCGCGACGGCGGCCGUCCCGGUGCGAGCCGGCGUCCAGGAUCCGGCGGACGGGAGCAUUUCAGUGGCGCCGGUGGCCUACCACCUGGACCGGCUUCCCGGUGGCUCACCCGAAGAUGCUACACCGGCUGAUAUCGAGAGAAGGAACACCACAAUAUUAUGGAGAAGAGAAGCAGGAGGUUCGACCAAAGGCUAUUUGAAGAAACUCAAGAUUGCUGUGCCUUACAAUCCGGGUUUUAACGUUUUUGUGAAUGCAACUAGUGAAAAAGUCACUGGCUACUGCAUUGACGUCUUUGAGGCUGCCACGAAGGACCUACCACACGUUCUUGAUUACGGCUUCGUUGUAGUCGACGGUUUGUAUGAUCAACUAGUACGCGAUGUGUCUUCAGGGAUCUUUGAUGCAGCAGUGGGUGACAUAACCAUAACUGCGGAGCGAGCCGCUCAUGUGGACUUCACGAUGCCAUACAUUGAGUCGGGCGUAUCAUUGCUUGUGCUCAACGAGAAUGACUCCAAACCAACAAUUGAAUGGGUCUUCUUGAAGCCACUGACAACGGAGCUUUGGCUAGCAAUUGUGGGUGGCUUCCUUUUCACUGGAAUAGUUGUGUGGAUGAUUGAGCGGCCUAAAAACCUCGAGUACCAAGGAUCGAGUUCGAGACAGUUCAGCACCGCUCUCUACUUUUCUUUCUCUACUUUGACAUUUUCUCAUGGUCAAGUUAUUAGAAGCCCUCUGUCGAAAAUUGUUGUGGUGAUAUGGUGCUUUGUCGUGCUGGUUAUAGUGCAGAGCUACACAGCUAGCUUAUCAUCCAUUUUGACUGCAAAGAGGCUCCGGCCUUCUGUGACAAAUCUUGGCCAGCUCCUGUCAAAUGGUGAUUAUAUUGGAUACGCAUCUGGAUCGUUUGUACAUUCUGUCUUGAGAAAACAAGGCUUCGCCGAAAAUAGGUUAAAGGCCUAUGGAAUGGAAGAGGAGUAUGCUAAUGCUUUGAGAAAGGGCUCAAAGAAUGGAGGUGUCGCCGCUAUAGUUGAUGAGAUCCCCUAUUUAACCUCUUUUCUCUCUGACCCUCGAUAUCAUAACGAGUUUCAGAUGAUUAACGGCUUGUAUAAGACACCUGGAUUUGGUUUUGUGUUUCCGCGGGAUUCUCCACUGGUACAUAAUCUUUCAGUUGCCAUCUUGGGCCUGAUAGGUGGGGAUGAGGGGUCGCGAAUUGAAGCAAAAUGGUUAGGCACAACGACACCAUUGCCGAGCUAUGGCAUCCCCAACACAGACGCCGCGCCUCUCACCUUGCGAAGUUUCUCUGGUCUCUUCAUCAUCACUGUAUGUAUCACAGCUCUCAUGCUGUUGGUAAGGAUUGCCAAGUUGGUUCAUGCCAAAUACACCAAAGUGAGGGAUUCUGAUAUGCAGAGGAAUGGGGAUGGCGGAAGUGAAGGCCUCGGAGGAUCUGGUCCGCUGCAGAACACCACGGGCAAUGGGUCUAUGGCUGAUCAACCCCACCUUGAAGCCAGAAAUGAGGAUCCUCAGGGUGUCAAUGGGAGCGGAGAAAGUCCUGGUGAUGUAGAGCCCAAUGAAUCUGUGCCCGAACACGCCAUCCUAAUCGAGAUGAACACCCGAUGA